GUGGUGCCGGUAUCGGUGGUAGAGCGGCGGCGGUGGUGGCGGUGGUAGUGGUGGUGGUUGCCCCUCAGUGUCCGGCGCGCCUCCGACAAGCGUGCUUCGGUCGUUACAAGAGGAUCCCUCGAACGCGCUCCCGGCGUUCACAUCGCGGAUGACAUCGGCUGAUUUGCUGCCGUCGUCGCGUAACAGAGAGACGGCAAGCGACGUGGAUCGGGAUAAUAAUAACGGCAAGCGGGGCCGGGCGGAGGAGGAGGCGGAGAGCUGGUCGGAAAAAGCGGAAAUCGGGACGCGGCUGCGAUCGUGUACGCGGGAUUACACGGGAUUCCCCGUGUUCGUCAGGUUGUCGUCGUUAUCGCUGUUAUCGUUGCCGCGCAGCGAAGAAGGAUGCGACUGGCCUCGGCUACGGGACGGUGCUCGUCGUCGUCGUCGGUAUCGUCGGGAUAUUACGCGGUGAUACGUUCGUGCGAAUCGUUUGCGCGGGUCAGGACGGGCCCGCGACGUUUGCCGCAUGCGGCACGCAGGCACGACAGCGCGUCCUGCUAACCGACGAGCCGCGGAACUUGCACGAGUAACGCGGGAGGGGUGGACUUCCGCGUCCGGAACGGGGAGAUAUCCGGAGAACACGAGGACCGGUCACUCUCGUGAGCGCGCGUGCAGGCCUUACGGGUGGAGCGCCCGGAAGUCGGAGCAUCGGCACAGCGGAGCCGCGCCAGACUUUUAAAUGGUGCAUUAUUGUUCCGGGGAUCUUAGCCGUAGUGAAGAGUUAGGUAUACAUAGGAAGUGCCCGAGAAAGUCGAGAAGACCCUAGUCGAUAGCGAGCGACGUCGCCGCUUCGUUCCGAGGAGCCGGCGUGACAGAGAGAAAGAAAGAGCGAGAAAGGGAAGAAGAGCGAAGGAGAAAGGUGGAGAGAUAAAAGCGAGGAGGAGAGGAAAAGAGGGAGAGAGAGAAAGAGUGAGGAAAAGGGGUUAGAGCAGCGAGUUGAAGCGUGCACACACAGUCAAGUUCAACGACCCGUUCGGAUUAGCUCGCGCGAACAAGCGGAAGGUCGGCUCAAGGACGGUGUUCAGGUGGAGUCGCCGGAAAAGAGUGACAUCGCGGGGGAGAGAAGAAGAGGCGCGAGACACACACACACACACACAUAUAUAGAUAUAUACCUAUAGAUUAUUAUAUAUGCACAUACGAGGAAACGCGUUUAUGAGUAAACGUGCGAACGCGGAAGCGAAGCGAGCGCGAAUGGCCGAAACUACGAGCGGCGCGCACCGGUCGGUUACGGCGAUCUAUCGCUUGGGCGAGACGACCGAUCCUGAGACGCCGGCAACCGGUAGUUGGUGAUGGGGGGUUUAGGCGAGGAUGCCUUCUCCCUGUCUUCUCUGUCGUCAUCAUCACCGUCGUCGUCGUCACCGCUACGCGCUGUCAUUCCCUGUCAGGUCGAGUCGUCGUGCCACACCGUCCUGCGUCGUCCCGCCGUUGUCGUCCCCAGUGACCGUCACCGUCGUCGUCGUCGUCGUCGUGGUCCCCUCAGUCCCUCGGCACCGCUGUCUCGCUGGUCGCAGGCGAGAGGAAGGAGCGAUCCCGUGCACGGCAAGAAGAGGAUCGUCGCCGACGAGCGAGACUCGCCGCUCCUCGGCGUCGGAUGCGACGUCAGUGGUAGCGACGAGAAUAUUCCAGGAGGAAGGAAGCGGCAGCUUCACCGCGCGGCAGGAAGGACACUUCGGAUACCGGUGUCGCAUCGGGAGAAAAGAAGAGAGCACCGAGGCGAGAGGAGAAGGAGGAGGACGAGGUGGAGGUGGUGGGGGCUCGCCACGAGGUGACUCGCCGUCGAAAUGCACCAGGUGCCGUGCGGAACGGGACGCAGCAUCUCGAGCGAAGGUCCAAACGAUAGAAGAAACUUUUUGCAGCAGCAACAACAGCAGCAAUCGCAUCGGCAACAGAAGCAACAGCACAUCCGACGAUCCUGCAGUCGUGGCGCCUGCACUCACAUUCGCGCCCGUGUCCGCGCUAGCGCUCGCGUCCGCGCGUGUGUUCGAACACGUCGAUCGUCGAAGAUUUCGACGGCGAGCAGCGAGUCUGCCGAUCGGCCGACUCCGACGACGACGACGACGUCGCGGCGGCGGUGGCGGUGGUGGUGGUCACGGCUGGACGCCGAGGGCCGUAAGUCCCCGUCGUUGCACUGUCUGGGCUCGGUGCGCGCCUUCUACGGCGGCAAUUCCAUCCCGGCUCCUUUACUGCCGUCCAACUUGCUGCUCAUAGGACUGGCGCUCUGCUGCCUGGCACUGCCGGCGGUGCAGCCGCGUCUCAGCGGCCACCAUCAGACGUGUCCAGGUUGCCCCGCAUCAGCCAGCCAGCAGCAACAUCAUCACCAUCAUCAUCAUCAUCACGCCCAUCACGAGGGUUCGGCGCGUGGCGGCAUCUUCAAGGACACCGCCGCUCCCAGUCCGGACGAUCUCAGACUGGAGGCGAUCAAGCAUCAAAUCCUGCAGAAACUCGGCCUGAGGGCUCGCCCGGACGUUAAUAGGACGUUGGCCACCGUGCCCCGGCACCUGGCGUUGGAGACCCUUUAUCGGGCGGAGGCGCAAACGCCGCCGCGUUACUCCGACCGAUCGAGGGUCGACUACGAGAGUGAGUAUCCGGGCGAGUUCCUCUACGGCGGCGACGAGUAUUCGUACAGGAAUCUCGAUCAGGAGACCACCACCACCGAGAAUAACGCCAGGACCACCGCCAGAUCCUAUCAGGGCUACGACGACGUCCAGGAGGAGCUCGACGAUUUCUACGCGAGGACCUCGGAGAUCAUCACCUUCGCAGAGCCCGGACGCACGUUGAACGGGCAGCCGUUGCUAGAAUUCCCGAUGUCGAGCGGCGAGCCGGCAUUGGAACCCCUGAGAAUCAAAAGGGCUACGUUAUGGGCAAGAGUAGAGCUCAAGCACGCCCAUCACUAUCAGCAUCAUCGUCACAGUCAGAUCAAUCUAAGGAAUAUCACUCUCUGGGUGUUCAGAGUGCACUGCGGUAACACGACUCAUCUCCGAGGCAAGGAACUCGGACAACACCUAGAGAUGGUGACCUCUCUCGUGGUGAACAUCGGCCAGCUUGGCUGGCAGAAAUUCGACGUGACGAAAGUCGUCAGCAGAUGGUACACGACGAGCUACUCGAAGGAUAAGCUGACGUUGCUCGUCGACUGCAGCGGGUGCGGCUCGCAUGUCCACGUAUCGACCUUCGACGGGCACUCGCCGCACGUAAUCGAGUCGUCCUUAAAUCCGAAAGGCGAUCACGAUCCGGACAGGCCGUUUCUAGUCGUACGCACGGAUCCAGCGGCCGCGAAGCGCGUGAGAAGACGGGCGAUCGAGUGCAGCGGUGCGAUAAAGGGCCAGUGCUGCAAGCAGAGAUUCUACGUUAGCUUCUCUCAGCUGGGGUGGGACGACUGGAUUAUCGCUCCUCAGGGAUACUACGCUAAUUACUGCAGAGGAGACUGCGCGGCCGGUCACAGGACGCCGGACACGUUCCUCAACUACUACACCCACGUGAUCGAAGACUCGAACAUCAUCAAGAGGGACCUGCCGAAGAUGGUAGUGGACGAGUGCGGUUGUCCUUAGAGCGAGCGGGAGCGCGACAGGGGGACGACGACGGCCGAGGAAGCUCGUCGUGUCGCCUUGCGGUAACAAUAAAUCGCGGAAUCGUAACCGCGGUAGCCGCGGCGAAAUCGGUCCGGAAACCGUCCGAAUUCUGCAAUCGCACGAGACUCGUCUCGCGUUGGAAACGAAAAGUAGCGUGCCGGAAAAAAAAAAAAAACCGGUACGGGCGUCGCGCGGCGCCCCUGCGCGGGUGAUCUCCCGCGAGUGUGAUCGCCCGAGGAUAGAUCGGCACGCGGUGGUAUUAGUCGGAAUGACUAGAUAAUUUUUCGCUAGAUUAAACGCCAUGCCGAUGCGAUCGCACGCCGAAUGAAUCGGCGCGAUCCGCGCGCGGCGGUAAAGUAAAAAUUUGGCCUUUCUGAGGUAGAACGGUCGAGAGUGCGUAGAGUAGACCCCGCGCCGGGGGUGAUAAUCUGUAAAAAGUGAAGAGAAGAGACACGGCGUCUCGAUUUCAAAGCGUCGUUUACGAUAUAUAUACAUAUAUACAUAUAAUAUAUUUAUCUAUAUCCGAUUUAUUUCUACGCGAUCGUAAAGGAAAAAGGUGAGACACAUAAGAAAGUAUUCAGAGUCGGUAUUCUUACCCAAGAGCUUAGUCUUUCUUUAUUUGUUGCGCGAUGAGAGAGAAAGAAGAAGAAAGAAAG